AUCUAGUCUUAGAGAGAGAAAGAUAGAGAGAGAGAGAGAGAGAGAGAUCUGAACUUGGAAGCGGGGCGUGACUGUCCAAUUCCCGUGGGCGAGUUACGUGGGAAAAUCGGACAGGCGAGGAAAGCUCGGCCGAAUAUAGAGAGAGAGAGAGAGAGAGAGAGGAACACGCGCCUUCGCACGGAGAAGUCUCACCUUCACGUCCCGCACGCCAGCCAGCCCUCCGUGUCUCUGUCUCUCUCUCUCUUGCUUCGCUCGUUCGUGGGUAUAAAAAGCGAUGCGGAGAUUCGCAGCGGAGACAGCCAAGGACCUGGUCCGCUCUCGUUCUCUGCAGCGCCAGAACCGCCGCCGUUGCUUGCUUUCCCCGCUCUGGCCCCUCCUCUCCUCUGGAUCUCAGUCUCGCUUCUCCUCCUCCGCCUCGUCUCCCGAUUCGCCUCCCGCCAUGGGCUCCUCCCCACCCGUUACCCUCGAUACCAUCAAUCCCAAGGUUCUGAAAUGUGAAUAUGCUGUUCGUGGUGAAAUUGUCUCCAUUGCCCAGCGUUUGCAACAGGAGCUGAAAGAGAACCCAGGUUCUCAUCCUUUUGAUGAGAUACUUUACUGUAACAUUGGAAACCCUCAGUCUCUAGGUCAGCAGCCAAUCACCUUUUUCAGAGAGGUUCUCGCAUUAUGUGAUCAUCCAUCCAUUUUGGACAAGAGUGAAACCCAGGGCUUGUUCAGUGCUGACGCUAUAGAGCGAGCUUGGCAGAUUCUUGAUCAAAUUCCAGGGAGAGCAACUGGUGCAUAUAGUCACAGCCAGGGAAUCAAAGGUUUGCGCGACACUAUUGCUGCUGGUAUUGAAGCCCGUGAUGGUUUUCCUGCUGAUCCAAAUGAUAUUUUCUUGACGGAUGGUGCUAGCCCAGCGGUUCAUAUGAUGAUGCAAUUACUAACAAGAUCAGAAAGCGAUGGAAUACUGUGCCCUAUCCCUCAGUAUCCUUUGUACUCUGCUUCGAUCACCCUCCAUGGUGGAACCCUUGUCCCUUACUAUCUGGAUGAGGAGGCGGGAUGGGGUUUGGAAAUCUCUGAGCUCCAAAAGCAAUUAGAUAGUGCAAAAUCCAAGGGUAUAACUGUCAGGGCACUGGUGGUUAUUAAUCCUGGCAAUCCAACUGGGCAAGUCCUAGCAGAAGAAAACCAGCGGCAAAUUGUAGAAUUCUGCAAGAAAGAAGGUCUUGUUCUUUUGGCCGAUGAGGUGUACCAAGAAAAUAUUUAUGUUCCAGACAAGCAGUUCCACUCCUUCAAGAAGAUUGCUCGUUCAAUGGGUUAUGGUGAUAAUGAUAUCUCCCUAGUCUCUUUCCAAUCAGUUUCAAAAGGAUACCAUGGCGAGUGCGGUAAAAGAGGAGGUUACAUGGAGGUGACAGGGUUUAGCGCUGAUGUGAGGGAACAGAUUUACAAAGUUGCGUCUGUAAAUCUUUGUUCCAACAUCACUGGUCAGAUUCUUGCGAGCCUUGUAAUGAACCCACCCAAGGUUGGAGAUGAAUCAUAUGAGUCAUAUUGUGAAGAGAGAGAUGGAAUCCUCUCAUCCCUAGCAAGACGAGCAAAGACGCUGGAAAAUGCUUUCAACAGCUUAGAGGGCAUAACGUGCAAUAGAGCAGAAGGAGCAAUGUAUCUCUUCCCUCGUGUUUAUCUUCCCCAGAAGGCAAUUAAGGCAGCAGAAGCUGCAAAGAUGGCACCGGAUGCUUUCUACUGUCGCCGCCUCCUUAAUGCCACAGGGAUUGUUGUUGUUGCUGGUUCUGGCUUCGGACAGGUCCCUGGAACUUGGCAUUUCCGAUGUACAAUACUGCCCCAAGAGGAUAAGAUUCCGGCGGUCGUGUCCCGCCUGACUGAAUUCCACAAAGGGUUCAUGGAUGAAUUCCGCGAUUAAUGAAGCUUGUUGCUCCCAGCUGCUCCUCGUCAGGGUAAUAAGUGGAAGCUAUUGAUAGCAAUGUUUUUGAAUAAACUCAUUUGGAGGAACAUGUAUCAUUUGUUGUACUGGUCCCUUUUCUCUCUCUUUCUUUUUUGUGUACUUGUUUUUACGGUAAAGAACUCGGCUCUCCAUUCAUCUGCUAGUAGUUGGUGGAAAGUUUUGGUCGGAUGAAUUGCUGUAUAUCUUGGUGUCAAUCAAAGUUAGAUAACAAACUAAAGCUUUGAGUUGUAGAAACAAGUCAAGACACAUUGCCCCUGAGGAGGAUCGUUGGGUCAUUAAAGAACAUAGAGCUAUUUCAGGCCUACAGUGAUGAUUUAUUUUCUGCACAGGAAGUGCAGUUUCAGCCUUAUUUGGAACUUUGGCUUGUAUUAUAUUCGAACUACUCAGUUGAGAAAAAUUGUGGUUAGAAGCUGAA